GAAUAUUAAAAAGUCGUUGGCGACGCCGCCGAAGACAAGAUCAACUUCCGUGAAUCAAAGUACAUUCCGCGUUUUUGCGCACCUAAUUGACUUUCGUCGUCGACCACUUUCGAACUCAUCAAACCUUCUAUGGGCAAUCAUUAUUGAACAAUCCGAUUUACCUCUAUCCAAAUGACAACGAUGAAGCCAAUCAAAGUCCUGGGAAUCCACGGGCCCAAUGCUGGCAAGGUUAUCCUUCUGUGCGAGGAGUUAGGAGUUCCAUACGAGACAGAACCCAUCCCACUCUCCGACGUGAAAAAUCCCAAGUACGUCGCCAUCAACCCGAACGGAAGAUUGCCGUCUAUCCAGGACCCAAACACGGACCUCACGCUCUGGGAAUCUGGGGCUAUCAUCGAGUACUUGACUGAGAAAUACGACAAGGACCACAAGAUGAGCUUCAUUGCGGGUACGGCCGAAGCCUAUCACGCUCGGCAGUGGCUCUUUUACCAGACCACCGGGCAGGGACCGUACUAUGGACAAGCCAUGUGGUUCAUUAUAUAUCAGCCAAUCCCCGAGGCGCGCGAUCGGUACGUCAAGGAGGUCAAUCGUAUAACUAGUGUCCUCGAGGGACAUUUGGCGAACCAGAAGCCUGACGCAGAUGGCAACUUCUGGUUCUUGGGUGGCCGGUUCUCGUACGUGGACAUUGCCUUUUUCACUUGGCAGAACACUGCUGCACCGCGAAUUCCGGAUGAUGAGUUCAAUCAGAACGACUACCCGUAUGUCCGGAUGUGGUCUGAGAACAUGCUAGCGCGCCCGAGUGUAAAGAAGGUCCUGAACCUCCAAGAGGCCAAAUAGGAUGUAAAAUGGGGUUUUCUGUCUAUUGCAAGCAAGUUACUAGGUGUGAACGAGGCAAGAGUGAAGGGAAAUAAUAGGUAUCGGUGGAAAUAAAUUUGAAUUCCACGAAUUUCUCGUCCAUUGCAUUUGCAUAUGCAUAUAUAUACUGGUGAUAAGGCGCAGCUUGUGCUUGCAGUGGGGAAAUUGAUGGUUAUUUACCAGAUUACAGAACAGAACGACGAAAAGUCAAAUACUCUGGUUCUUGAUACACUUGCUGGUAUUGGAAGUUUUUUUACUUGUUCUUUUUUUCCUUUUUUUCCGGCAUAUAGUAAACUUGAAAUGGCUGCGGUUUCUCAGCUUGCCUAUUCCGUGCGUUUACAGAGCCUGCUGAAAGUGUAUUUGAGGUUUAGAAACCUGUCGCGAUGCCUUCACGACAUCGCGCAGCCUUUGAUGGAUCCGACCGGUGCCGGAACAUCUAUUAAUCCGGAUC